CCGUUGCUCUCUCCACCUCUGUUCGUGAGUCGUGACUUGCAAACUCAAACCUGGGUAAUCUCCGCGCCGCAAACCCUGCCGCAAACCCUAGCCGCCGCCAUGGCCUUCCUCGCCGGCGCAGCCUCCAUCCGCAGCCCCUUCGCCCUCGUCUCCUCCUCCCGGCGCCGGUAUGAUCUACCCACGGCUGUGAAAGCCACCACCAAUUCGAAUUCGGUUCCCCCCCACCCCAUCAUCUCCUCCCUCCGCCUCGCCGCCUCCGCCGCGGUCCUCCUCGCGGCUACCUCCCCGGCCAUCGCGUGCACACCGUCCCCGCCUCCGCCUCCCGCGCUCACCGUCACGGUCUCACCCGAGGACGCCAUCCAGGACGACUCCCACCCCUUCGAGAAGCUCAUCGUCGAGACCGCCGCCCUCUCCCGUUUCGGCGGCGCGGAGGCCGCGCGGGCCCGCCUCUCUGCCGCCGGAGGCGGCGACCAAUAUGCCCGACUCCUCGCGGCGCAGACGCUCUUCGUGGACGGCAAGGCCGACGAGGCGAUCGCCGCCUUCGAGGAGCUCGCGCGGGAGGACCCCGGCGACUACCGCCCCCUGUUCUGCCAGUACGUUCUGUACUCUGUUCUGGGCAGGGCGGCGGAGUCGGAGUCGAUGCUCGAGCGCUGCCAGGCGAUCGCCGGCGACAAAUUCAGCGCCAAUUUGACAAUGCCGAUCGCGGCGACCAAGGAGGUGGAAGCCGGAGCAGAGGCAGAGGCAGAGUCCGUGACAGAGAAGACGGAAACAGAGGCGGAAGGGGAGAAACUGUGAGUACAGUGGAUUUGGAAUCACCAAAUAAGGUACGGUAUUUGCUCCCUUCCAUUGAAGGAAAAAUAUAGGAUGGAACGCCAUGAUGCUCUAAUGGUACAAUAGAAAUCAUACAAACAGAGAGAAAUCCGAGACGGCAGUUCCUGUUUUGCAGUUCUGAUAUGUAGGCUAAGGAUUAUGCAAUUUACAUGGUUUGAGAAUAAGUUGAAGUGAUCAUGGCAAGGUGAUCGAUUUUGAGAGUGUUGAUAAAUGAUAAGUACAGUCUAUGCUUAUGCUGUACACCACUAAUUUGUGGAAUGGAUACAUUGCUUCAUUUA